AUGGAGUUUGAGGUGUCGUACAGCCUAGAAAAUGAGCAGCAAUUCUGGGACGAACUCGAUGACAUAGUCUGCACACCGUGCCAAUCGCACGAGGCCAUCGACAACGCGCUCCGGGCGUACCUGAGCUUCACCACAAACUUCAAAGAGGAGUACCUCCAAUCCGACUACGACAUUGCGCGCUGCUCGUACAAGCUGCUCGAGUCGGCGAUCUUCACAUCAAACAAGGACUAUGUGCGGCGGCAGAUUAUAUAUGGACUGCUUCAGGAAGAUGAUGCGCCCACGCUCCACCUCAUCGCAGCAUUCCUGCUGUUCGACGGCCGCAGCAAUGACGAGACGUUCGAGAUGAUGCGGGUGGAAGGCGUCUUCCCACGGCUGGUAGAGCUUAUUCAAGCCCGACAGCGCGAGCAGGAGCCGCAGCUGCACCGUCUGCUGCUGGAGCUGAUGUAUGGGAUGUCGCGGAUGCAGCGACUGACAUGGGAGGACUUGUCGGCUGUCGACGACACUUUCGUGCUGCACCUCUUCCAGAUCAUCGAACAGCACUCCAACGACGCCAGCGAUCCCUACCACUACCACGUCAUCCGCGUCCUACUCGUCCUCAACGAGCAAUACCUCGUCGCCUCCACCGUCCCUCCACCCCCCACCACCUCUCCCAACCCCCCGCGGGCCCCGCUCACAAACCGCGUAAUCAAAGCCCUCUCCACCCACGGCGCGCACCACAAAACCUUCGGCGAAAACCUAAUCCUGCUCCUAAACCGCGAAUCCGAAACCAGUCUGCAACUCCUCAUCCUGAAGCUGCUCUACCUCCUCUUCCAGACGCCCGCCACAGCAGAAUACUUCUACACAAACGACCUCUUCGUGCUGCUCGACGUGAUCCUGCGCAAUCUCCUCGACCUGCCGGACGACAGCGACGACCACGGCGGCACGACGCCUGUGGGGGCGCUGCGACAUACGUAUCUCCGCGUGCUGUGCCCCCUGCUGGCGAAUAGCCAGAUCGGACGACAGGGCGGCGGAGGCGGAGGCGGGUAUAAGCGCGAGGAGACGGUCAAGGUGCUGCGGAGUCUGGCACGGCGACAGGGGGCUGGGUGGGCGCACUUCCGGCCUUUGGAUGGGACAACGAUUCGGUUGGCGGAGCGGUGUUUGAGGGUGCCUUGGUUGAGGGCGCAGGAAGACGCCGAGAUCAAUACUAACUCGAACUGGGGUAUCAAUGGCGGUGGGGAGGGGCAUGGGGAUGGCGUCGUUGUUGUCUCGCCUGUUGAGGAUGAUGCUGCGGAGGAGGGGGAGCCGGUGGCGGCGAUGAGUGAGAGCCAGAUUAGCACGGCGAGCGAGGGGCAGAGGGAGUUGCUGGCGAGGAGGAUGCUGGGGAUGAGCCAGUCGACUGGGGGUAGCGAACUCAGUGUUGCGGCUGUGGCGGCGCAGACGGAAAGGCCGGGCGUGUUGACGCCGAGCAAGGCUGAAGGUGCGUAG